GCGCAUGAUCAGUGGUUUAUAAAGGCAGUCCGAGCUUCUGGGAGACUUGUCACAGCUUGUCAGCUUCCAAAUUUGCGUCCAGAUCCGUGACGGAGUUUGUUGUUUGAGGGGACAACAUGGCAGAUCAGCCACCACCAUAUCAGCAGGGGUCGGCACCGAUGCAGCAGCCAGCCAUGCAGCAGCCCGUGAUGCAGCAGCCAGGGCUCCAGGGGGCGGGGAAGAUGGGCGCGCAGACGUGGGUGGCACCCCCCCAGCAGGCCAUCCCAGGAUGCCCCCCUGGUCUGGAGUACCUGACCCAGAUUGACCAGAUCAUUGUGCACCAGCAGAUUGAACUGUUUGAAGCUUUUACCAACGUCCAAAUGGCCAACAAGUAUGCUAUCAAGAAUUCCAUGGGACAGCAAAUAUUCUUUGCCUAUGAAGACUCUGAAUUCUGCAUGCGUAUCUGUUGUGGACCAAACCGCAGCUUUACCUUUCAUAUCUUGGACAAUGCCGGGCAUGAGGUGAUGCGUAUGCGGCGUGAGUUUAAGUGCUGUGCUGGCUGCCCCUGGUGUGCCUCGUGCGCCCGUGACUGCUGUGCCUUUGAGGUGUACGUGGAGUCACCCCCAGGACAGCUCAUCGGCAUGGCCAUCCAGUCGGGGUCCAAGUGGAAGCCCCACUAUGAGAUCAUGAAUGCCAAUGGAGAGUCGGUCUUCCACCUGUGGGGUCCCUGCUGUGUUUGGAACGGGGCCUGCUGCACCUGUGACGUGGACUUCAAUGUGUAUGGCACUGACCAAAAGACAGAAAUUGGGAAGAUCACCAGGAACUACGCCGGCUUUGCCAGGGAGUUCUUCACCCAGGCCAACCACUACAGCAUGUCAUUCCCUCUGGACCUGGAUGUGAAACUGAAGGCUGUUCUGAUGGGAGCCAUGAUUCUUGUGGACUUCAUGUUCUAUGAGCAGCCCAAGAAUUAAGGUGCUGUACACUGUCAAAAGAUGUCUGAAAGUAAUCUUCUGCGACAAGCUUAAGGGUGCACAGUGUUACUCUAAAGAUGUAUGUAUAAUUUUGGAUCAAAUCUAUGUGAGGAAAAAGAAAUUGACAGCAAUACUUUCAAUUACUUGAGUAUUUUUGUGUCUGUGGUGAAUGACAGAAAUUGUCACCAAAGUAAGUGUUUAUAGACAGAAACAAUUACUAUCUCUAUUUCAUUGAGACUCACAAUAAUGUUAAUACUAUAUUUCUUUCUGUAGCUGUCUUAUAGACAGCCAUACAUGUGCUUAAUGAUUGAACUUGACAUCAUUAUUAUAUUAAAUAUAUCAUAAAGUCUAGUCAGGACUAAAUGAUAUGAAACUGUUUGAAUUUAUACUGAUGCAGUUUGAAGCAUUGUAUAUUUAGCAUAGUAGAGUAGGGCUUUAGAGCCUAGAUAGUAACCUUUAAGUUGCCUUUAUGACAAUGAAGGAAUAUUGUAGAUAUUCCAGGUUUGCAUCUUGAAAGAAUUUUUAAAUAAGUGAAUGGGUUGCAAUCUUUACAUUUACAUGUAACUUAAGGAACAUAGCUUCAUAUCUACAUACUUACUUUAGUGAUUCUUUAACAUCUUAAUAGCAUAACUUCUGUCAUUCUGUGGUUUAAUAGACAAUGUCUCAUUACAUGUAAUAAUAUAUAUAUGCCAUAUGUAUAUCUGGCUUGAAGAUACAUGUGUACAUGUACAAAGUGCACAUAUUAUAUGCACAAAUUUUCUCAUGCUGUUUGCAGAAAUGAAUAGCGGUGUAAGUUUGUCCAAGGUAGUAUGUUGGUGUGUCAAAACGGUAUUGAAUUCUGUAAUUGAUGUAUGCCCUUCUUUGAUGAAUUAAAUUUUAUUGAUUACAGUUUUGAGGUGAGUGUACUUUUCAGUCAUCUGUGAUAGUAGAUUAAGAUGAAUAGACCCAUUACACCACUAGCUGUAGCCUUUUCCAGCCAAAAACAGAAUAGUCUUUACCCAUGGGUUACCUGUAAUUCAAUAUGAGAAACUGUAAUGAGUGGUAUACUAGUACUUUAAAAUGUUUCCUUUUUUGCCAUUUUUCCAGUACUUUAAAGGCCCAAUAUUAGUUAACUGGUCUUUAUUCGGUUGGGGACAAGAAAAUUUUUAUGGUCCCCACCCACAGUUAUAUGUACAUUGUAUGACGGCUGGAGCUUUUUAUUUUUUUCUUGACAAAAAUGACUGAUACUCAGAGAGAUGUUGCUCACAACAGUGAGGUUUUGUUUCCA